AUGCAGCUCCAAAGAGCAAUGGCAGAUAAAGAGACAGCAGCAAAGUCCUGAGCAAAGAGUCCCAGCAAGCAGCAGCAGUGUGGACAAACAGCAUCAGAGAAGAAAAGCAAACCCAUCAUCCUGCCUGAUUGGAUGAAUGGCACUGUGUUUCCAACAAGCUGCAAAUUCACAGGUGAAAAGAACGUUUGAGGAGAACUGAGGAGACUGUUGGAGUUUGACAUUUGCCACCUUUGGAGUAAAAUGGCACAGUGGAACACAGGACGAAGCUGAAGGAGAACUGCCUGUUAUUGGACUGUUGAAGAGUGAGAGGACAACAGAGUGAGAGGAGUGAUGACUCAACAUGCCAACGGGAUCUGUGAAACUGCAAAGCAUAAAACAACUAGGACAGGAAAACCACAGCUAUGAGGUUUCAGAUGAAGAACCAACUGGCUCAUAUAUAACAAUUACACAUUCCAAGAAGGAUGAAAAAGCUCAGAAAAAUGAAGAGCAACCAGCCAUUAGAGUCGGCUUCUUUGAGCUGUUCCGCUUUGCCACGUGCAAAGACAUACUGAUGAUGGUGGUGGGUUGCUUGUGCGCAUUGCUGCAUGGCUCAGCCCAGCCUCUCAUGCUGCUGGUGUUCGGCCUGCUCACUGACGCCUUCAUCGAGUACGACAUUGAGCUACAAGAACUGAGUGACGACCGCAAGGAGUGCGUGAACAACACCAUCCAGUGGAAAAAGAACUACACUGCAGCGUACAACCUGUCAGCGCCCAUAAACCAGUCAGAUAUCGGCCUUCUCAAUUCAACUCUCGAGAUGUUCGUACCGCUGGAGAACAGAACAUGUGGGCUUCUUGACAUUGAAUAUGAAAUGAUGAUGUUUGCCUUCUAUUAUGCUGGGAUUGGAGCAGCUGUGUUCUUGCUAGGAUACCUUCAGAUCUCCCUGUGGGUGACUGCUGCUGCCAAGCAGAUUCAGCUCAUCAGGAAAUUGUACUUCAGCAAAGUGAUGAGGAUGGAGAUCGGCUGGUUUGACUGCACCUCUGUCGGGGAGCUCAACACUCGCAUGUCAGAUGACAUAAACAAGAUCAAUGAUGCCAUUGCGGAUCAAGUUUCCAUAUUUGUGCAGCGUUUCACCACCUUUGUGUGUGGUUUUUGCGUUGGCUUUGUCAAAGGAUGGAAGUUAACACUUGUCAUAAUCGCAGCAAGUCCGCUGAUUGGUGUCGGAGCAGGUCUUAUGGCUCUGUUUGUGUCUAAGCUAACCGGGAUGGAGCUGCAGGCCUAUGCUAAAGCUGGGUCUGUAGCUGAUGAGGUCCUGUCCUCUAUCAGAACUGUGGCUGCUUUUGGAGGAGAGAAAAAGGAAGUGCAAAGGUACGACAGGAACCUGGUCUCCGCUCAGCGCUGGGGCAUUAGAAAGGGUUUGAUUGUGGGGUUUUUCACUGGCUUUAUGUGGCUGGUUAUCUUCCUUUGUUAUGGUCUGGCCUUCUGGUAUGGCUCCUCACUGGUUGUGGACACUAAAGAAUACACACCAGGAACACUGCUGCAGGUGUUCUUUGGGGUUCUGAUAGCAGCCAUGAAUUUGGGGCAAGCCUCUCCGUGUCUGGAGGCUUUUGCGUCAGGUCGUGGAGCUGCGACUAUAAUCUUUGAGACUAUAGACAGAGAGCCAGAGAUUGACUGCUUAUCUGAAGCUGGAUAUAAGCUCGACAGGGUCAAAGGGGACAUUGAAUUUCACAAUGUCACCUUCCACUACCCAUCCAGACCUGAAGUAAAGAUCCUGGACCAGCUCAAUGUUGUAGUGAAGUCGGGGGAGACCACAGCCUUUGUGGGGUCAAGCGGAGCUGGGAAGAGCACUGCCAUUCAACUCAUCCAGCGUUUUUAUGACCCUAAAGAGGGGAUGGUGACCCUGGAUGGUCAUGACAUCAGAGGGCUGAACAUCCAGUGGCUGCGUUCUCUGAUCGGUAUAGUGGAGCAGGAGCCUGUGCUGUUUGCCACGACCAUUGCAGAGAACAUACGCUAUGGUCGCCCUGGUGUCUCUGACAAGGACAUCAUCACUGCUGCAAAGGAGGCCAACGCAUACAACUUCAUCAUGGACCUGCCACAGAAAUUUGACACCUUGGUCGGGGAGGGUGGAGGCCAGAUGAGCGGCGGGCAGAAACAGAGGAUUGCUAUAGCACGAGCGCUGGUCAGGAACCCUCGUAUCCUGCUGCUGGACAUGGCCACCUCAGCUCUUGAUAACGAGAGUGAAGCUGUAGUUCAAGCAGCUUUGGAUAAAGUACGAAUGGGCCGCACAACUAUCUCUAUUGCUCAUCGUCUGUCCACCAUAAAGAACGCUGAUGUGAUUGUGGGCUUUGAGCACGGCCAGGCCGUAGAGAGGGGAAAACACAAUGAACUUCUGGAGAGGAAGGGUGUCUACUUCACUCUUGUCACCCUGCAGAGCCAAGGAGACAAGGCUCUGAAUGAAAAGGCUCGGCAAAUGGCCGACCAUGAAGACGAGCCUGAGAGACUAAAGCUAUCUAGAGCAGGCAGUUACCGUGACAGUUUGAGAGCCUCCAUCCGCAGGCGGUCCAGGUCCCAGUUGUCAAACCUGAUCCCAGAAGCCUCCGUUCCAACUGGAGACAUUUCUAUAUCUCGACCAGAUAACGACAAGAAUGCAUUCCUAGAAGAGGACGAUGAACUUGUGGAACCUGCUUCAGCUGCCAGGAUCCUAAAGUACAACACACCUGAGUGGCCAUAUAUGCUUUUUGGAUCCAUUGGGGCUGCAAUAAAUGGAGGGGUCAACCCCGUCUACUCUCUGCUGUUCAGUCAAAUCCUGGCGACUUUCUCAGUACAAGAUCCUGUGGCUCAGAGGAAGGAGAUCAACAGCAUCUGCCUGUUCUUUGUUGUGGUUGGCAUUGUCUCUUUCUUCACCCAGUUGCUGCAGGGUUACGCCUUCUCUAAGUCUGGAGAACUGCUGACCCGCAGGUUACGUCGGCUUGGCUUCCAAGCCAUGCUGGGCCAAGAGGUUGGAUGGUUUGAUGAUCACAGGAACAGUCCAGGAGCUCUGACCACACGUCUGGCCACUGAUGCCUCACAAGUGCAAGGAGCUACGGGCUCACAGAUCGGCAUGAUCGUCAACUCUCUGGCAAACAUUGGCGUUGCACUUAUCAUUUCCUUCUACUUCAGCUGGAAGCUCACACUGCUGAUCCUUUGCUUUCUGCCGUUCAUUGCUCUGUCAAGCGGCUUCCAGGCUUCAAUGCUCACAGGUUUCGCCAAACAGGACAAGGAGGCCAUGGAAGCGGCUGGACAGAUUUCUGGUGAAGCUCUGAACAACAUUCGCACCAUCGCUGGCUUGGGGAAGGAGAAGACCUUUGUGGAGAUGUAUGAGGCCCAGCUGGACGCGCCAUAUCAAGCAGCCCUGAAGAAGGCGAAUGUAUAUGGAGCUUGCUAUGGUUUUUCCCAGUGCAUAAUUUUCUUGACAAACUCAGGCUCCUACAGGUUUGGAGGUUAUUUGGUGCAAAAGGAGGGGCUCCAUUUCAGUUUGGUGUUCAGGGUAAUUUCAGCCAUUGUCACCAGUGGCACAGCCCUCGGCAGAGCCUCCUCUUACACACCUGACUAUGCCAAAGCCAAGAUCUCAGCAGCACGUUUUUUCCAGCUACUAGACCGCGUGCCUCAGAUCAGUGUCUACAAUGACAAGGGAGAAAAAUGGGAUAACUUCCAAGGGAACAUUGACUUCAUUGACUGCAAGUUCACCUACCCCUCUAGGCCAGACAUCCAAGUCCUGAAUGGGCUGAAUGUUUCAGUGAAACCUGGCCAGACACUGGCCUUUGUGGGCAGCAGUGGCUGUGGGAAGAGCACUAGUGUACAGCUGCUGGAGAGGUUUUAUGAUCCCAACCACGGCAAAGUGCUGAUUGAUGGCCAUGACACCACUCGCGUCAACGUGUCUUUCCUGCGUUCCAAGAUUGGCAUCGUGUCCCAGGAGCCCAUCCUGUUUGACUGCAGCAUCGCAGAGAACAUUAAGUAUGGCGACAACUUGCGAGAAAUCAGCAUGAAUGAGGUCAUCUCUGCCGCAAAGAAGGCCCAGCUUCAUGACUUUGUCAUGGCCCUUCCUGAGAAAUACGACACCAACGUGGGCUCUCAGGGGUCUCAGUUAUCUCGUGGCCAGAAGCAGCGCAUUGCCAUCGCCAGGGCAAUCAUACGUGACCCUAAGAUCCUGCUCCUUGACGAGGCUACCUCCGCCCUGGACACCGAGAGCGAGAAGACUGUGCAAGAAGCCCUGGACAAAGCCAGACAGGGACGGACCUGCAUCGUCAUUGCCCAUCGCCUCUCUACCAUCCAGAACUCUGACAUCAUUGCCGUCAUGUCCAGAGGCAUUGUGAUCGAGAAAGGAGCACACGACCAGCUCAUGGCCCUGAAGGGAGCCUAUUACAAGCUGGUUACAACAGGAGCACCGAUCAGCUAACCGCUCAGGGAAACAUUGUUACUGCUGUAAUGUCAAGUGAGGACUUGAUGCCAUACUUUAAAUAAUAAAGUAUGUAGAAAAGA